AUGAUCGCGACGCCUCCUGUGGCUUCCUCGGUGCCUGACCCCGCGCUGGGCAGCGGCUUUGUCCUCAAGCACCAUGCAGCUGCUUCGUGCUCUGUUGGCGCUGGCUUACGCAGUCAGCUAUACCGCAGGUACCCUCGGGUGACCCUCUGCGCCCCCAGCCCCGCUCCCCUCGCCAGCGCGCUCCGCUGCGCGUGGUUCGUGCAGGGAACAUCCGCAGGCAAGCUUUCCCCUCCAACCAGCCAAACCUCCCUUCCAGAGUUAGGUACUCUGCCCUUGGAUUGGAUUGGGGGCGGGGGUCAGCCCUCAAGGGAGCUCUCGGCAGCAGAGGACGAAAGAGAAUGCUCCCCGCUGCCGGUGGAACCCGCACACUGGUGCUAUGAGAUCCAGGCCAAGGAGCCCAACAGCCACUGCCAGGGACCUGCCGACUGGAGUGGGGACUGUAAGAAGACCCACCAGUCCCCCAUCAACAUUGACACCACGGAGGCCAAGGUGAACCCCGACCUGAAGCCCUUCACUUUCAUUGGCUACGACCAAAAGAAGAAGUGGGUAGUCAAGAACGAUGGGCACUCAGUGAAAAUGAUGCUGGCAGACGGAAGCUUCAUUGCUGGCGGAGACCUGCCUACACAGUACCAGGCUGUGCAGUUGCACCUGCACUGGUCUCAGGAGUUUGACAGGGGCUCAGAACACAGCAUUGACGGGAAACACUUUGCCAUGGAGGUGCACAUUGUACAUGAGAAGGGCACAUCGAGCAGUAAGGGGCAGGACUCCAAGGACAAGAAUGCAGUGCUGGCAUUCAUGGUUGAGGUGGGAGACGAGAUGAACCAGGGCUUCCAGCCCUUGGUGGAGGCACUGUCUCAUAUCUCCAAACCCGAUACAAACACCACAAUGAAGGAGAGCUGCCUGCAGGACAUGCUUCCUAAGAAGGAGAAACUGGUUCACUACUUCCGUUACCUGGGCUCACUGACCACCCCGAACUGUGACGAGACGGUCGUCUGGACUGUGUUCAAGGAACCCAUUAAGCUCCACAAAGACCAGAUCCUCAAAUUCUCCACGGAGCUGUACUAUGACGAAGGGAAGAAGCUGCCUAUGAAGGACAACGUGAGGCCCCUGCAGCAGCUAGGAAACCGCCAGGUGUUCAGGUCCCACGCCCCAGGACAGCUGCUGUCUUUACCCCUGACCACCCUGUUGGUCCCUACACUCACAUGCCUGGUGACCAGCUUCCUCCAAUGACAGACCACUUCUGGAUAUGUGACCUCUGACCUUUAGAGGACAUGGCUUGGCUGGACUUUGGGGCCUAUUAAAAUACGGGUAGCUGGCUGUGGAGAUGCACACCUUAAAUCCCAGCACUAAAGUGGGCAGAGACAUGUGGAUCUUUGAGAUUGAGGCCAGCCUGCUCUCCACACGCAGGGAGACCAUCCAGGGUUACAAAGGGAGACCCUGGCCUCCACCCCCUCCCCACAAUUAAACAAAAUAAAAUAUGGAUAUA